AUGUCGAAUGAAUUUUUUGUUCGAUUUGAUGAAAAUUUGCUUCGAUUACCAUCAUGUUUAGCAGUUCAUGCUCAACUUCAUCCUAAUUUGAUUAAAUUUACAUGUGAAGAAUAUGUUAAAUAUAUUCAACAAUUCCAUGAAUUAAAUAUAUGUGGCAUUAUAAGAAAAAAUGAAGCAGAAACUACAGUUCUAGCUUUGGCUGCCUAUCGAAAACAUUUAAAUACAUUCUAUACAAUUCGUUUUGAAAUUGAUGAUUUAAUUGUCGAUGAGAAAGAACGAAAACAUGGUUUAGGUACACGUCUUAUGCAUUAUUUAAUUGAUCAUGCUAAACAAGAGGGUGUAUCAAAAAUUUCUGUUCAUUGUAAUCCAAUACAUACAGAUGCGCAUCGAUUAUUUUUUCGUCUUGGUUUAACAAUAAAUUGUUUUGAAUUCGAUUUAGAAAAUAAAACAGUAUUACCUGAUAAUGAUCAAAUACGUAUUAUUGAUGUAACAGAUUUACCCGAUAAAGAGAAUGAACAAUUAUUAAUUCGAGCUCAUGAAAUAUAUCAACAACUUCGUCCACAUUUGCCAAAUGAUCAAAAUGAGUAUGUUAAGCAACUUCGAGAUAUUUGUCGUACAAGUCCUGCUCGAAUAUUAUUUGUAUUAGAUAAAAAUGAUAACAUACUUGGAUUAACCUGCUAUCGUAUUACUGAAAAUAUUCAAUAUUCAAAGCAUAUUUAUUGUGAUGAUUUAGUUACGGAUGAAAAUAGACGAAGUUCAGGUGUUGGUCGAUUUUUAAUUAAUUAUAUGAAAAAUGAAAGAGAGAAAUUAGGAAUUGAUAAAUUAAUUUUAGAUAGUGGUGUUCAACGAGGACGAGCACAUAAAUUUUAUCAUCGAGAAGGUUUUUAUAUCAGUCGCUAUGGAUUUUCAAUGGCAAUUUAA